AUGUUUUAUAAAAGUAUCGGGAACGGUAAUCUAACCUUUGAAGAAUUAUCAGACGUGAUCCUAGACAUAGAAGUUGUAAUGAACAAUCGACCGUUAACAUACGUUGAAGACGACGUAGAACAAACUGUUCUCACCCCCGCAAGAAUGUUGCAGAUAAAUCCAGUUAUCUUACCUGAAGUGGAAUCUUAUCACGUUGAGGACCACAGCCUUCGGAAGAGAGCGAAGUUUCUUCGUAGAUGCAAGGAUUUGUUGUGGAGACGGUGGUAUAGAGAAUACGUUCGUGGGCUAAGAGAUCGACACCGACAAGAUAAUGGGAAAAACGCAGAUCAUCCCAACCGUGGUGAUGCUGUUAUCAUCGAAGGAGAGGAGAAGAACAGAAAUUUAUGGAAGAUGGGCGUAGUCGAAGAGCUGAUUCGAGGGCGUGAUGACGUAGUACGGGGAGCAAAGAUCAGGACGCCAAAUGGAAUUCUUGAACGUGCAAUACAGCAACUCUACCCGAUAGAACUUUCCUGUGACUUACCACCUCUAACCACGUUAAACCCAGACACCCCUCCCUUCCAACCCCGACCGAAACGUGAUGCAGCAGCAGCGGCAGCGAUCCGCUUACGGGAUCAAGCAGAAGAAGAUGAACGGUGA